AUGGUGAGCGACGAUUCCAACGUGCUCGCUGUCGACCUUCUCAACCCUUCAGCCGCUUCUGAGGCUAAGAAGCACAAGCUCAAGACCCUUGUUCCCCAGCCCCGAUCUUUCUUCAUGGACGUCAAGUGCCCCGGCUGCUUCACCAUCACCACCGUCUUCUCCCACGCCCAGACCGUCGUCAUCUGCCAGGGAUGCACCACCGUUCUGUGCCAGCCUACCGGUGGUAAGGCCAGACUCACCGAGGGCUGCUCUUUCCGGAGAAAGUAA